ACUCCACUAUGUUUCUCUCUCCACAAUUACUCUUGAGAGCUUCUCUCUCUAGAAUAUUGAGUAUUGUUGACUUGAGCAUCAAAGUGUUUCCUCGAGGAAACAUCCUCGAGUUUUUCAGGUGUUGAAGCAGUUAAAGAUAUCUACAGUGUAGGUUCGUGAAGUUGCCCAAACAUAUGGCGUCAUCUGUGGGAAACUAAGCAGAGAAGCAAUGUUGCUAGUGUUGAAGCUAAACAUGGUGUGCACUUUUAUUGGGAAUCACCCCCCUUCGAGGAACGGGAUGGAUGAUCAGGAUGCUUGAACGACUUUUGGCCAAUGCCGAGAAACCUUUUUGUAGGAGGAGCAGAGCAAGAGCAGCCGAAUAGCUCGGAUGACGAGCGAACAUCCACCGGGUAUGCUACCCAGCCUGAAGAGCAAUUUCAUAUUCCAGUGGAAACAAGGCAAAGGCACCCUAAACAUAGAAACCUUUUUGUAAGAGAAGCAGAGCAAGAGCAGCCGAAUAGCUCCGAUGACAAGCGAACACCCACCGGAGACUACAUGCAACGGUUCAACAAGACUACUUUAGACAUUGACAAUGUCCCUGACACUGUCUGUUUGUCUCCUUUGUUGCAUGGCCUCAAGCCUAGUCGAUUCUUGGAUGACCUGUUGGAAAAUCCAUCAAAGUUGUGGAAUGAAGUGAAUGACAGAUCCAACGCUGGAUUAAGAGGCCACCUCCUCAUUUCCAUGAUUCACCCCAAGUAUUGUGAUUACAAUCGUGGCAAAUUUCUAGGAUAUGUGGUAUCCAAGAAAGGAAUUGAGGUGAAUCCAGACAAGGUUCAGGCCGUGCAGCAAAUAGAACCUCCUAAAACAGUAAAAGAUGUGCAACGUCUAACAGGUCACCUCGUUGCUUUGCACAGAUUUAUUGUUAGAUUUGGUAUUCCUAAGAGAAUCAUCGCUGAUAAUGAUCCUCAGUUUCAAGCUGUAGCUCUCAGGUCGUUUUGUGAUGAUUAUGGCAUCGAAUUGGCUCUUACAUUCGUUUACACUCUGCAGUCAAACGGACAAGCAGAGUUGACUAAUAAAAUCGUCUUGCGUGGCCUUAAGGCACGUGACUUAGCCACACACUCUAAUUGGGUUGAUGAGCUCAACAAAGUGCUUUGGUCGUGUAGUACCACAGCUAGUUCGGCCACAGGAGAGACCUCGUUCUCCCUUGCAUAUGGAUCUGAGGCCACAAUCCUCGUGGGAAUCGGCUUGUGGCCUAACAGACCUACUUAGUGUAAUGAUUCUAAUAACGAACAACUCCUAAGAGAAAACUUAAACCUUGUGGAAGAGGUCAAGGAGACAUCUCGAAUGAAAAACAUGGCUUAUCAAAGUCGUGUUGUCAGAUUUUACAAUAAAAGGGUUCGUUCUUG